AUGCCCUAUCCCGAAGAGGCAGAGGGUUUCCAGGUCGACGGACCUGCGACCUUCACCCAGUUUCACAAGCGCUUUUUCAAGCUGAAGCCUUUUGGUGACUAUGAUGUCGACGUCAAGAUCGAAGCCUGCGGCGUGUGUGGAAGCGACGUGCACACUAUCAGCGGAGGAUGGGGUGACCAGAAGUUCCCUCUUUGCGUGGGCCACGAGAUCAUUGGUCGAGCAGUCCGUGUCGGCCCCAAGGUCACACUGAUCAAAGAAGGCGAGCGAGUCGGAGUCGGCGCCCAGUCCUACUCCUGCGGCGAAUGCAAGCAAUGCCGCAACGACAAUGAGACAUACUGCCAGGUACAGAUGAUGGACACCUACGGCUCGGAGUGGCCCGAGACCGGCAUCGUCAGCCAGGGCGGAUACUCCUCGCAUGUGCGGACGCACGAGCACUGGGUCUUCCCGAUCCCCGACGCACUGGAGAGCAACACCGUUGCCCCGAUGUUGUGCGCCGGCCUGACUGCCUACUCGCCCCUGGUGCGCAACGGUGCGGGGCCAGGCAAGAAGGUUGGGAUUGUGGGGCUGGGUGGCAUUGGUCACUUUGGAGUGAUGUUUGCUAAGGCGCUGGGAGCGGAGACAUGGGCUAUUUCGCGGUCGCGCGCGAAGGAGGCGGAUGCUUUCAAGCUCGGUGCGGAUGGUUACAUUGCUACUGCUGAGGAGGGCUGGGAGAAGGAACAUCUUUAUUCGUUUGAUUUGAUUAUUAACUGCGCCAACUCGUCUGAGGGCUUCGAUCUUGCGCGCUAUCUGUCUUUGAUGGAUGUUCAUGGUCGUUGGGUUAGUGUUGGUCUGCCUGAGGAGGAAGGUCAGGUCAUCAAGGCUCAGAACUUGAUUUCUAAUGGUGUUCUCAUUGGCGCGAGUCACUUGGGUAGUCGUCGUGAGAUGCUUGAGAUGUUGCAGCUGGCUGCGGAUCGGGGACUCAAGGGAUGGGUUGAGGAGAUUGCCAUUGGCGAAGAAGGGCUUAAGGAGGCGAUGGAGCGCAUGCAGAAGGGUGAUGUCCACUACCGAUUCACUUUGACUGGCUAUGAAAAGAUCUUUGGAUAG